AUGGUGAUGACGGGAACAGCGAUGCUACGAAUGACUAAAAGGCUGUUUCGCUUGUGUUUUUACAGAUUACGAGUCAUCCUGCAUACUAGCAGCGAAAUAUUUUGCGAGGGUGAUUACGCAAACUUUAGUUGUCCAGACGGACAGUAUAUAGCAUUGCGGAUUGCGAAUUAUGGACGAUUUAGCCUUGGGAUUUGCAAUAAAGAUGGGGUUGCUGACUGGAGUACAACUUGUCAGAAUGAUCGAACCUUAGAAAUCCUUCAGAAAACGCUUGGGUGUAUUUUGGAAUUUUUUAGUGGGAAGGCUUUUGCCCGCCUAGGAAAAAAACAGUAUAUUUUGAACAGAUUGGAAACUUUUAGUUGUGAUGGUAAACGUAAAUGCAGCUUCUUGGUUGAUGAAAGAUGGUUUGAGAGGGAUCCUUGCCCAGGGGUUUCUAAGUACUUGGAAGCGUCUUAUAGCUGCCUAAGAGUUUUAAAUUUUUGUAAAUUUGUAUUGUGGUUCGUUCGAUUGUUUGAUGGUGUGAUUGUUGUUGCUUCACUGCAUGACUUCCUUAUUCGAAGUCCUUAUGCUUUUUAUUUUUCUGUAAAAAAGUCGAUGUUGUGUCGUGCUUUUACAAUCGAUGUUGUGUUGUAUAGAUGUAACGGAAGGAAUGUCUGCUCAGUUACUGUGAACGACGAGUUGUUUGGUGACCCAUGUCCCAAAACGAAGAAAUACUUGGAAUUAAAAUAUGAUUGCACUGACGUAGCUGGUACUAUUUAUUUGAUAUUUAAAUCAUCUUUACGUUCUUCUUUGAGAGUUUGUGAUCGCGUGUCUGCGGCGCCUGUGUCUAGGGAUAAAGGAUUUUGUAAUCCAAUUGAAAGGAGAGGCGUUAAAUGGCCUAAAACAAAAGCUGGAAGUGUUUCAAAAGUACCCUGUCCUGCAAAUUUUCUCGGUCAUGCCGAGUGGCUUUGUAGUUUAAAUGGUACCUGGAGCUCGGGUGGUUAUGAUCUGUCGAACUGUGUCAGUGAAUGGAGUGCUCUGUUAAAGCAGGAUUUGUCAGAGGAAAAGGAUGAAGUGAAUUUAAUAGAUACACUUAACGAAGUCCGAAAAUUGACAAAAAACGAAGAAUUAUAUGGCGGUGAUCUUGCUGUCCUCUCAUCUGUCAUUACUCAUUCUGUUUCACGACUGCCGCGUUCGGAAGGGAACGCUGAAACUUUAGAGCUUGUUGUCGAGAGUGUUAAUAAUAUGGUCAAGAGGAAUCAAGAUUUUGCUUGGUUUGAUUUAAAACCGAAGGAGAGAAAGCGGGUUGCUAGUACUUUGAUGAAUAGUGUGGAUAACAUCGGAGCGAUUGUCGCAUCCUCUUUAGUCUCUGAAAACAUAGAGCACUGCUCAACUUCAUCAAUUGUCGUUGAAGUAUCCAACGUUAAAGUGCAUGAUUAUGUGAAGUUUCCGAGUAUGAGUUUGUACGAUGCGUCAUACGAUUCCGUUGAUAUACCGAGGGAGGCGUUGUCAUCUGUGAUAAAAACUGCUAAUGCUCGGGUUGUAUACGUGAACUACAAAAGUAUGGCUCGCUACACACUUUCCGAGCCGCUUGUUACCGACGAUGGAGCACAUUUACAACAAACAAUAGCUUCCAAUAUAACCUCUGUUUCCGUAAUUAGUGAGAAUGGUGAUAUUGCACCGACAAACCAUCUCACACAUCCAGUAUUUAUCACAUUCGUUAUGAAAAAGCAUAAGAACAUGACAUCUCCUACUUGUGUAUGGUGGGAUACAGCGCUCUCAGAAUGGUCUGCACAAGGAUGUGACCUAGAAAAAACAAAUCAAACACAUACCGUUUGUAGGUGUUCUCACAUGACUCAUUUCGCGGUUUUGAUGAACUUGAAAGGGGAAGCUUUCUCACAGAAAGAUGAAAUACUGCUUACCGCACUUACUUAUGCUGGUUGCACUCUUUCAAUCAUUUGCCUUUUCUUAUCGAUAGCUGCAUUCCACUGCUUUGGCAGAGGGGGUGGUGAUAGGAUUUUUAUCCACAAAAACUUGUGCUUUUCCUUGCUAAUGGCAGAGAGUAUAUUUCUUUUUGGCAUUUGGCGAACAGACGACAAGUUGCACUGUAGCAUAAUUGCUGGAUUGUUACAUUACUUCUUUCUGGCUGCGUUAAUUUGGAUGCUGUUAGAAGGAAUUGAAUUGUACAGAAUGCUUGUCGAAGUAUUCCCCGUGUCAUCGAAAAAAUUUUGUUUAUUUUUGGCUGGAUACGGUGUUUCUGGUGUCAUUGUUGGCAUUUCUAUGUGGUUAGAUUAUUCCAGUUAUGGUACAAAGGAAUAUUGCUGGCUUAAACCAAGCAGUUCGUGCUUUUUGUUUGCUUUUACUGUUCCUGUCUCAGCUGUUAUAAUUUUCAACUUUGCCUUUCUGCUGAUGACUAUUCGGAUUGUUGGGAAGUGCCAUAACUCACCUUUGCGGUAUAAAGGUAGAGACGACAGAACAACAGUCAGUGAUAUUGGGAAAUGGGUUAAAGGCGCUACCGCUCUCAUAUUUCUAUUGGGCUUGACGUGGACAUUUGGAUUCUUUUGGAUUGAUGGGCAGAAUAUGCUUCUAGCCUAUUUGUUUACAAUAUGCAAUGCCCUACAAGGAUUCUUCAUUUUUCUCUAUCAUGUUGUGUGUAACGAUAGAAUGCAGGAAGAUAUUCGUGAGUGGGCAAAGAAUACAUCUUGGGUUCCAAAGUGUUUGACAGGUUCUUCGGGAAGGCCCAAUGCAUCAUCUUAUCGUCCAGGCAACAGAGUUCCAUACAAUCCAAGUUCCAACUCUUCAACAGGAUCAGAAUUACUGUACCCUUCCCUCAAGAUCGACAAAUACCCUCAACGAAUGGUCGCUUCUAUUGACCCUCGUUUCAAUACCUCGGUGCAUAUGGCCUGCUCUAGACGUGACUUUCCUCUCAACGGCGUUUAUGAUUACGCAACAAUCCCGUAUGAGACUCUCUGUUCGCAGCCGUUUUUGCAAAACUCUUGUUUCAAUCAAGUAAGGCAGUAUCCGAUGCGUUCAUCACUAAUUUUUAACGCAGAAACACCUCACUUCCGUCCUCCUCCAAAUUUUCCACCUCCACCUCCCCCACCAGCUCCGAGCGCUGGAGGAAACAAUGCGAUUUUACCGAGACCCCACUCAUCUACGCUGACAAAAGUAUCCGAUGAUUCAGCUUAUAGCGACGGGUCGUCAACUUUUCCCUAUCCAAAUGAGUCGAACUCAUCAUCCGGUAUGCUUCUGAGGAUGGAUUUAACAAGGAACCCCCCAGUAUUCGUCCAAGGAUUAUAA